AUGGCCCCAUUAUCUAGCAGUUUAGGCGUAGCAAAAUUUGCUAGCAAUGCCAUUCGCCACCGAUUGACAAUGUUUCAUCAAUUGACAGAAGUCUACAGGCCUUCGAUAACUAAACGGAAAGAAGAAUUGAUUGAAAUGAUUAAAGAAAAGGCAGAAAUGGCCCGGCAGUCUGAACUUGCAAAAAAAAUGAAAGUUUUCAAGGGGUUUUACACUCUAGAAAUGUCACCACCUAGUAUUAAUGAAGGAAAGAGAAUUGCGCAUGACAUUAAAUUGUUCAAAGAAUUUAUGAAGACGGGUGCCGUAACUCACCUGACAGUGAAACAAGCCUGGUUGCUCUUUCUUGUCGGUCUGGAAGUUUAUCUGUGGUUCUUUAUUGGCGAGACUAUCGCAAAGGGGCGAAUUGUGGGCUACGUUGUCCCUUAG